AUGGCCUCCUCCGCCAUGGAGCUCUCGCUCCUCAACCCCGCCGCGACGCACCGCCACAGCGGGGGCCUCGCCGCCGCCGGCCUGCCCCUCGCGCCGCGGCGCUCCGUGGUCCGCUGCCGCGGGUCCGCCUCCGCCGCGGCCGCCGCGCCGCCCAGGUCCUCGGGCCCCAAGAAGCGGGGCAAGACGGAGAUCCAGGAGACGCUGCUCACGCCCCGCUUCUACACCACCGACUUCGACGAGAUGGAGCGCCUCUUCAAUGCCGAGAUCAACAAGCAGCUCAACCAGGCGGAGUUCGACGCGCUGCUGCAGGAGUUCAAGACGGACUACAACCAGACCCACUUCGUGCGCAACCCCGAGUUCAAGGCCGCCGCCGACAAGAUGGAGGGCCCGCUCCGCCAGAUCUUUGUCGAGUUCCUCGAGCGCUCCUGCACCGCUGAGUUCUCCGGAUUCCUCCUCUACAAGGAGCUCGGUCGCAGGCUCAAGAAAACCAACCCGGUCGUGGCGGAGAUCUUCUCGCUCAUGUCUAGGGACGAGGCGCGCCAUGCUGGGUUCUUGAACAAAGGGCUGUCUGACUUCAACUUGGCACUGGACCUGGGGUUCUUGACCAAGGCUAGGAAGUACACCUUCUUCAAGCCCAAGUUCAUCUUCUAUGCCACCUACCUGUCUGAGAAGAUUGGGUACUGGAGGUACAUCACCAUCUUCAGGCACCUCAAGGCGAACCCAGAGUACCAGGUGUACCCCAUCUUCAAGUACUUCGAGAACUGGUGCCAGGAUGAGAACAGGCACGGUGACUUCUUCUCUGCCCUGCUCAAGGCUCAGCCGCAGUUCCUCAAUGACUGGAAGGCAAAGCUCUGGUCACGGUUCUUCUGCCUCUCGGUGUAUGUGACCAUGUACCUGAAUGACUGCCAACGCACUGCGUUCUAUGAGGGAAUUGGUCUGAACACCAAAGAAUUUGACAUGCAUGUGAUCAUUGAGACCAACCGCACGACAGCGAGGAUCUUCCCCGCUGUUCUGGAUGUUGAGAACCCUGAAUUCAAGAGGAAGCUUGACAGGAUGGUUGUGAUCAACCAGAAGAUCAUUGCUAUCGGAGAAUCUGAUGACAUUCCCCUAGUGAAGAACCUGAAGAGGAUUCCUCUCAUUGCCGCUCUGGUGUCUGAGAUCAUUGCCGCAUACCUCAUGCCCCCCAUCGAGUCUGGCUCAGUUGAUUUUGCUGAAUUUGAGCCCCAGCUUGUUUACUGA